AUGAAUCUGCCCGAUACAACUAUUGGUCCUGACAAAGCUGCUCGUCGAUCUAGCUACAAGAACUUCAAGAAGUACUCUGAACUUGUAAACGAGAUAAAUCACGACGAUACGUUCUCCUUCACUGCAGAAAUCAACAAGUUUAGCAUAGAGUCAGAGAGUGACUUGAAUACCCACUUUGGGAUGAACAUGAGUGCAAGCUUUGACGACGAAAUGUUUGAGAACGACACGGACUUUGAAUUUGAGCCACAAGACGAAGCUGUCGAGAAAAGAGAUGCAGUGGAAUUACCGGAGAGUAUUGACUGGAGUUACACCCUGUCAGAGCCUGAACAUCAGAGAAAGUGUGGCAGCUGUUGGGCCUUCAGUGCGAUCUCUUCCGUCGAGUCAGCGUACUACAGAGCAACAGGACUGAGGAAGAAGUUCAGCUACCAAGAACUAGUGGACUGCGUGUUCGAAGAAAAAAGAUGGGGUAAUGGCUGUAAGGGGGCUUCCAUCAACACGGGGUUCCUCUGGGUGACCAGGCAGAAACGUCUAGCGUCACGUGAGGACUACAAAUAUGUGGCUAAAGACGGUGAAUGUAAAAAAAACACGACUUUGAACAGUUAUACAAAUGUAGGCCUGAAACGAUUGUAUCGCGUCCCUAAAACUGAAUCAGCUUUGCUGCAAGCAGUGGUCGAGGGGGUAGUCAGUGUGGGAGUCAAGGGCGGACGGUCCCUUCUAGCUUACAAAUCAGGGAUUUAUUACGACCGCUACUUGUGUAGGGCCACCGCAUAUCCUAACCACGCUGUUAACCUAGUCGGAUACGGAGAGGAGGGAGGUAAGAAGUACUGGCUGAUCAGGAACAGUUGGGGCAAAGACUGGGGCGAGGGAGGCUACUAUCGUAUGACACGUGACCAUAAAAACCACUGCAAGAUACACGAGACGGCACUCAGACUCGACCUACAGUGCUACAACAGGAAGCAGUGCGAGGAACAGAAGAAUGUUAAUGAACUUGAGAAGCAGAUCGAGACAGAGCUUGUUUAA